AUGCAGCGACGCCACGACGACGGCACCGUGACCAUGGACCUUGGGAGCCACACCGACCACGACACGAGCAGCAGCAGCAGCAGCAGCAUGACCAUGGCCAUGGUAUUCAACAACGCCGACAACACGCCGCUCUUCACCAACGCAUUCACGCCGACAACAACUGGCCAGUACGCGGGCAUCUGCAUCUUCCUCAUCGUGCUGGCGGCCGUGUUCCGCGGGCUCUUCGCGGCAAAGCAGAAGCUCGAGGAGCGGUGGCUGGCGCAGGCGCUGCAGCGGCGGUACAUAGUGGUUGCGGACAAGCAGCCGGCGGCGGAGCGUAUCGAGAGCGACGACGACUCGCGCACGGCGGUGUUGACCGCGAACGGCGUCGAGGAGCGCGUCAGCGUCGCGCACCGGCUCGGCAGCGGCUCGGUGCAGCCGUGGCGCUUCGGCGUCGACCUGCCGCGCGCGGCCGUGGUCACGGUCAUCGUGGGCGUGGGCUACAUGCUGAUGCUCGCUGUCAUGACCAUGAAUGUUGGCUACUUCCUCUCCGUCCUCGGUGGCACCUUCCUGGGCGAGCUAGCAUUCGGGCGGUAUUCUCAAGUGGCCGAUCACUGA